AUGGGCUCCUGCGGCUCUCACGCUACGGCCAUCCCGGACGCGGACCUCAUCCGCCAGGAGACUGGCUUCUCGAAAGCCAGUCUGGUCCGCCUCUACAAUCGGUUCCGCGCGCUGGACAAGAAUAAGAAAGGCUACCUGUGCCGCAUGGAUCUCCAGGAGAUUGGGGCUCUGGCGGUGAAUCCUCUGGGAGACCGGAUCAUUGAGAGCUUCUUCCCUGAUGGGAAUCGCAGUGUGGAUUUCCGAGGCUUUGCCAGAGUUCUGGCUCACUUCCGCCCUGUCGAAAAAGACGACUCAGGAGACCAAGACCCCAAGAAACCUGAACGUCUCAAUAGCAGAAUGAACAAACUUCGCUUUGCCUUUCAGCUCUAUGACCUGGAUCAAGAUGGAAUGAUCUCCAAAUAUGAGAUGCAACAGGUUCUCCGAAUGAUGGUUGGGGUACAGGUGACAGAAGAACAGCUGGAGAGCAUCACUGACCGCACAGUACAGGAGGCGGAUGAAGACGGAGAUGGCGCUGUGUCUUUUAUGGAGUUUGUCAAGUGCUUAGAGAAGAUGGACGUGGAGCAGAAGAUGAGCAUCCGCAUGCUGAAGUGA